CUUGGAUUCCAUCUUUGACUUACGAAGUACCUCCCUAACCAAGCUAACUUUGUGAUACCUGGCGAAGCAAGUCUGUGCCCUUGCAGUUGAUAACGUUGGUUAUAAACUCAAGGUUGACUUUAUUGACUGACGAUCGAAUACAACAACCGUCGCACCGACGCCUCCAACAGCACCGGAGAAUUUUGUUCGCCUUGAGCAGUUCCCGGGAGAUUGAUGCACGACGCAAUCCAUCGCUGAGGGAUUCCCUGUCAGUGCACACGAUCCAGAGACCUCCAAAACGCACGACCAUCAAGGGCAUGGACCAGCAGACCAAAGUUGCUUAGAGAUAGACGCGCGGUUUUUUUUUUGGUUUCUUUUUGUUGGUUUCUCCUUCCCGGGGUCCAUAGAUUGUCUGAUGCUUCCAACCCUGCGUGGGAGCUAACUUGCCCGAUUUGGCGUUUGGUUGCUUAUCUCGAGACGAGAGCUACACAAACCUUGUUCCGCUCCCGUCUGGGAAAUGUCUCUGAGGCGAGUCGUCGUCACGGGCAUAGGCGCCGUCACGCCCUUGGGCGUGGGAGCCCAGCGAUCCUGGCAGCGGCUAAUCGCCGGGGCUUCGGGCAUCACGAGUGUCACGCACCUUGAGCCGCUUGACAGGUGGCAGGAGCUUCCCAGCACCGUUGCAGGCCUGGUGCCAACUUCUGCAGCUGCAGACGCAAAUGCAAAUGCAGCAAAAUCACAUGGAGGUGCAGGCGACGUAGACGGCGGCAAGGCUUCGGGACUGUGGCGUCCCUCGGACUGGCUCGACGCCACGGACCAGCGACGUAUGUCCAGGUUUGCCCAAUAUGCCUUGGCCUCGGCUGACAUGGCUUUGGAGGAUGCUCGGUGGAUGCCGGAGACGCCCCAUGAUCUCGAGGCGACUGGAGUUUGCUUGGGAAGUGGUAUUGGCAAUCUCGAGGAAAUCUACAAUACAGCACUGGCCCAUCAUAAACAUGGUUACAAAAAAGUAUCACCACUGUUCGCCCCCAAGAUUCUCAUCAACCUGGCUGCCGGUCAUAUUGCGAUGCACCAUGGCUUCCGUGGCCCAAACCAUGCCGCGACCACUGCAUGCACGACGGGUGCCCACUCCAUUGGUGAUGCAGCGCGCUUUAUCGCGUUCGGGGACGCAGACGUUAUGGUUGCGGGAGGCUCCGAGUCGUGCAUCCACCCGCUGACCUUUGCCGGAUUCGCGAGGUCCCGAUCGUUGUCGACGGCUUUCAAUGACAACCCUACCGCCAGCUGCAGACCAUUUGACGAGAGCCGCGACGGCUUCGUAGUUGCCGAGGGUGCAGCCGUCGUAGUGCUCGAGGAGCUUGAACAUGCUCUACGUAGGGGGGCGCGGAUCCUGGCCGAGCUGAGAGGAUAUGGAUGCAGUGGCGAUGCGCACCACAUGACGGCACCGAGGGAGGACGGAUCUGGUGCUCUGGCGGCCAUGAAAAAGGCUUUGAAGCAUGCUGGAGUCAGGCCGGCCGAGGUCGACUACAUCAAUGCCCAUGCUACCGGGACUCGGUCAGGGGAUGCGGCCGAGGCCCUUGCCAUUCGAUCUCUCAUGCUCGGCGAGGAGGGUCUCGAAAGAGAGGACCAGGUGACAGUUAGUAGCACCAAAGGGUCUACCGGGCAUUUGCUGGGUGCUGCUGGUGCAGUAGAGGCUGUUUUCACGGCACUGGCAGUUGCAGAGAACCGAGUACCGCCAACAAAGAACCUCUUCAACCCCGGGGUCGGGCCCAACUUCAACUUUGUGGCAAAUCAAACCCAGGAGAGGACUGUCAAUGUUGCAGUAUCAAACAGCUUUGGAUUUGGCGGCACGAAUGCCUCCCUAGUGUUCUCAAAGCUUGAGCGUGGAAUGCAAGGGAGUAUCUGACAUGGGGAAAGAUAUUGUGUAAUAUGCUGUAGUAAUACUUAAUAAUUUUAAGAAGAAGAUCGUUCAUGUUUGGAUAGG